AUGGAGCCGAUUUUUGAUCAGGUUUGGAGACACGUUGAAGAUGAACAAGUGGGAAUGAUUGGCUUAUAUGGAAUGGGUGGGGUGGGGAAGACCACCCUCCUUACCCAUAUCCAUAACAACUUCAACCGCACUCGUAAUGAUUUCAAUCUUGUGAUCUGGAUUGUGGUAUCCAAGGGCCACAAAAUUGAAGUUAUUCAAGAUAAGAUUGGUGAAAAGAUUGGGCUGUCUAGUGGUGAAUGGAAGCAUAAAGAGCAGCAUGAAAAAGCUAAAGACAUCUUCGGAAUCUUGAACACAAAGAAGUUUGUGUUAUUAAUGGAUGAUUUAUGGGAGCCGGUUAAAUUAACCGAAGUAGGGGUUCUAGCUCCUGACAGUCGGAACAAGUUCAAGAUAGUUUUCACAACUCGCUCUGAGGAGGUAUGUGGUCAGAUGGAUGCCCAGAAGAAGAUUAAGGUGGGGUGUUUGACUUGGGAAAAAGCAUGGAACUUGUUUCAGGAGAAGGUUGGGAAAGAAACACUUCUUCUUCAUCCAGAUAUCCCCGAGCAUGCUGAAAUUGUGGCGAAGGAGUGUGGCGGUUUGCCACUGGCACUCAUCACAGUAGGCAGGGUCAUGGCCUGCAAGAAAACACCCCAAGAGUGGAAGCAUGCAGUUCAAGUCCUGAGAAGAUUUGCCUCUGAGUUUUCAGGAAUGGGAGAUAAGGUAUUCCCUCUUUUAAAAUUCAGUUACGAUAAUUUACCAAGUCAGAAAGUUAAAUCAUGUUUCUUAUACUGUGCUCUGUUUCCGGAAGAUUUUGUCAUACGUAAAGAUGACUUGGUAUAUUUUUGGAUGUGUGAGGAUAUAUUAGAUGAAUAUGGUAAUGUAGAGGAAGCCAAAAAUGAGAGUUAUCAUAUCAUAGGAACUCUUCUUACCUCAUGUUUGUUGGAAGAUGAAGGAGAUUCAGUAAAAAUGCAUGAUGUAAUUCGUGACAUGGCAUUGUGGUUAGCUUGUGACCUUGGGAAAGAAGGUGAGAACAUCCUUGUGGAUACAGGUGUUUAUCAUGCACCAAAUGUUGCAAAAUGGAAGAACGCGAAAAGGGUUUCAUUGAUGGGUAGUAGUGGUAUCAAAUCUCUAGAUGAAACACCAAGAUCUCCCAAUCUGUUGACCUUAUUUCUCAGAGGAAGUUUUUUAAAGAGGAUUGUGGAUGACUACUUUGAUUUCAUGCCUACGCUACGAGUUUUGGAUUUGUCUGAAAAUAUCCUUAUAACUCAACUGCCAUUUGGAGUUUCAAAUCUAGUUUCAUUACAGCAUCUGAACUUGUCCAAAACAGGCAUAAAACGGUUGCCGGUGGAGAUAAUGACAUGUGCAUGCCUAAAGUAUUUGAACUUAGAGCAUACAUUUAAGCUUGAUUAUGUUCCACCAAAUUUAUUAUCAAGUUUCCCGCUGCUUAAAGUUUUAAGAAUACUAGAUUGUGGUUCUUCUAACCGAGUUUUUUUUUACAAUGAGAAAACCAUGAUAGACGAACUGCAGGGUUUGAAACACCUUGACGUCUUGUCUUUGACAGUAGGAGAUACCUCUUGUUUCCUGAAUUUGGACAGCCACCACAUAUUAGUGACUUGCACUCUAACUUUAUGCCUCAAGGGUGAGGAAUAUUACGGGAACCCUUCAAGCUAUCUUGAUUUAUCAGAUGUGGCGAAGGCAAAUAUGAAAUACCUUGAUACCCUUCAAAUUAAACGUAUGGUGGAUCUGUACUCUUGGAAGAAAACACGUCCGGCAAAUCCGAGUUGCUUCCUUGGUCUUCAGUUCGUAGAAGUAGUAGAUUGCACGAAUCUCAAGAACCUGGUCUGGCUCGUUUUUGCUCCAAAUCUCAGCCACUUGCAUGUAUAUGGCUGCUCUAAAAUGACGACAAUACUCGGUAUGGAAAGAAGGGAAACUGCCCCAUUUGCAAAACUCACUGUUUUGCAUUUGAGCAAACUACCCCAGUUGUGGAUAAUAUGUGAAAAUUUCUUGCCCGUUCCAUUUCUGAAGAAAAUCCUUAUAUCUGGAUGUCCAGUGCUCGGUAAGCUGCCUCUCAACUCUAGCAGUGCUCAAACAGAUCUGGGAUUUGAAUCCCCUGUUUUGACCCCGUUCCCUCUCCCUCCCAGCCUGUGCUGGGAUCUGGGGUGGGUCUUGGUGGAUUCAGUUUGUCUGCCCAAUCUAUCGGUUGCCCUGUGGUCUUGUGGUGGUGGCUAGUGCUGCGAGCUCUUUUCGUCUCCAGGGACUGCCCCUCGAUUUUGGUCGUUCUGGGUGGUUUUGUUGGAUCUGUGCUUUUCCUGGAGUGUUCGGGCUUGCUGUGCUCUUUACAGGUUUUUGCAAUGCAUUUUCUCUCCUCCAUGUUGGAGGUUGCGUCGCAUUGUUUGGUCUUAACCACUAUCAUCGGCUCUUUGACUCCACGGAUGUUUCUUCCGUUGUUUAUCUUCGGUGGAACUUAUGGUGUUUGGAAUGCCCUUAAAGUGCAAAUAGCACUUAUCGCUUGGAUUAUGGUAGCGCUACUCCUACUCGGUGUAGCUUGAGUGGCUUGUUCACCACCAUUUUCUGUUGGUUACUGGUUUCCCUUUGGUGGUUGUCGGCUUGCUUUGGUGGGGCGGCUUGUGGCUGUUGGAUUGUGCGGCACAUACCUGUUAUUGGUGUUGGGUUUCCUAAUGUUGUGUUGUAUUUUAUGGUUUGUGGGCUUUUUGCUAUUAUGUGGGCUUAAUGCUUUUAUGUUUUCUUUAUGCAUUUUGUUAGUUUUAUUUGUAGUGGACUCUAUGUCUGUUUAUAUUGCAUUUUGUGUGAACUCAAUUAUUUGAGUUCAAUUUGAUGUAUUCUAGCUUUGACCUUCUAUUUAAUGAAACUCGAUU